GGAGCGGCGAGCCCGUGACGUCACUGCUGCUGCUGCGAGAGCGAGCGGGGCAUCAUUCUCCUUCUGUUAGCUAGCUAACUUUAGCCAGCGUUAGCUAUGUUCCACCACCGCCACCCUGUUUUAAAAACAAAUGUUCACAUGGAAUGACUUGGAAAAAAACAGAUUGGCAUAAUGGAGAUUCGCAUUAGCUGAAUGUCUGGUUUUGGUACACCGUCUCGGAUCGGAAUGGUGCAAGCGAGCACGUGAGAGGCCUGCGUCACUGAUGCCAGGUGCAGGCUGUAGCUGAGAGCUCUCAGGAUGAGUGGGGCUGGAGAGCAGACAGACAUCCUGUCAGUGACAGACGUGGUCAGAGAGAGAUGGAGAGUGGUGAAGAAGAUAGGCGGGGGUGGGUUUGGGGAGAUCUAUGAGGUUUUUGAUCAGCUGAGCCAAGCCAAUGUGGCACUGAAGGUGGAGUCUGCACAGCAACCCAAACAGGUCCUGAAGAUGGAGGUGGCUGUGCUGAAGAAGCUUCAAGGUAAAGACCACGUGUGUCGGUUCGUGGGCUGUGGCCGUAAUGAUCGCUUCAACUACGUGGUGAUGGAACUCCAGGGGAGGAAUCUGGCUGAUUUACGCAGAACCAUGACCCGAGGCACCUUCUCUGUCUCCACCACUUUGAGGCUUGGCAGGCAGAUUCUGGAGGCCAUUGAAAGCAUCCACUCUGUUGGCUUCCUGCACCGUGACAUCAAGCCAUCCAACUUUGCAAUGGGAAGACUAGCCAGUACCUGCAGAUGCUGCUACAUGCUUGAUUUCGGCUUGGCCCGUCAGUUUACCAACUCCUGCCAGGAAGUCCGGCCACCUCGUCCUGUGGCAGGUUUCCGAGGAACCGUGCGGUAUGCUUCAGUCAAUGCGCAUAAGAAUAAGGAAAUGGGUCGCCAUGAUGACCUCUGGUCUCUCUUCUACAUGCUGGUUGAAUUCAUGGUUGGCCAGUUACCCUGGAGGAAAGUCAAAGACAAAGAGCAAGUGGGAAAUCUAAAAGAAACAUAUGACCAUCGGCUCAUGUUAAAGCACCUUCCAUCAGAGUUUAGUGCUUUCCUGGAUCACAUCUUGACCUUGGACUACUUUACUAAGCCUGACUAUCAGCUCCUGAUGUCAGUGUUUGAGAACGCUAUGAAGAGCCACAACGUGCUGGAGAAUGACCCUUAUGACUGGGAGAAAUGUGAUUCAGAGGAUUUGCUGACCAUCACUGCCGCAGCAACCACUGCUCAGCAGCUGACCCGCCUCACGCCAGCAUACAUGGGCAUGGCCAAUGCUUCAGUGUUGCCAGGCGAGCUGCAGAGGGAGAACACCGAGGACGUCCUGCAAGGGGAACGCCUUAGCGACGCCGACAACUGCCCCCCCAUUCCCACGCCGACUGCCCAGGGAGGCGACGUGUGGGAGGAGAUGGAUCGCAACCGAAACCACAAACAGUCUCAGCCUCUCAUCAGGAAGGUGGUGAGUGAGGAUGAGCACAGUCAAAACCAGGGGAACCAGAGCCCCAACACAGGCUCCAUGCAGAGUUCUCCCAGACGGGUGCGAUCAGAGACCAUGUUCUUGGAUCGUGCCGCACCGCUGCUCCGGAGGAUAAGACACAGUCAGAGCUUGGCGUUUGAGAAGAGACUUGCGCCAGAACCCAAACCUACCAUCGAACGUUUCCUGGAGGCCUACCUAGGCAAGCAGCGCCCUGUCCUCUCCCAGCUCGGGGAGAAAUCCAUCCCUGAGAGGGGACAUGGGCAGCAGACACCUCCCUGUGAUGAGGAGCACACAGGCACAGCAACGCCAGACCAGGAGGAAGGUGCAGCAAGCAGUGGCUUUGUGGCCGUAAACCUCAGUCCUGUCCCACAGGAGGGGGACUCCCAGGAGUGGGUGAUGCUGGAACUAGAGCAAGGGAGCGGGUCUGGUUCUGGAGCCACCAAGCCUCCAGCAGAAGCUCUUCAUGAGGACAAGCCAGGUGUCCAUGCCCCCACCGAAACUGAGAGCCAUUCCUCUGAUCCUCAAGAUGGCCAGCCUACAGCAGUUCCUAGCAGCCCUGUCCUGUCCCAGAUGGCCAUGCCUGGCACAUGGUUACUGGGCCACAGGAGACUGCCCGGGAUGUUGGGGCAGAUGCCCUCAGUCAUCCAAAUGAGUAGACCCCAGAUGGACCAGUCCUUCAGCUGUGCUCCACAGUCUCCUGUGCAGGACAAAAGUGAUGCAAUACCGCUAGAGGCCCCAUCUGUCAAACCUGAUGAACCCUCUGAAGAAAUCUUAAAGGAUGAAGGGAAGUUGGAGUUAGCUUCAGUGCCAAACCUGGUCAAAGGCCCCACUGCUCACCUGACCAGCGACAGAGAUCCAGAAAGUGAUUCGGGGCUGCCCGAUCGUUCCUCUGAGCCGAACCAGCAGCCUCAAGGUGACACUGGUGGAGGGGCUGUGGAGAGUGCCGGCACCGUCUCCUCCUCCCCACCCCCAGCUCUGCUCAGGCGAAGAGACUCUCCCUCCUCCCCGAGGCUGAGUCGAAUCCCUGUCAGAGACCCCAGCGCUCUCCUGGACUCGCCUAGCAGGGACCCCGUCAUGGACAGGCGUCAUCGCUGGAGCAGCCCCGUCCCUGGCUCACCUACCCACUCCCCCUCUCCGUCUUUAUCAUGUGACAACCUGCCUUGUGCUUUGCCCCGGGACAGGCUCUGCUCAGAACGAGGCUCCAAGUCAGAGUGGCUCGGAGAAGACCCUCUCUCUCUGUCCUCCUCGUCAGGCAGUAAGAGUAAGAUCCCGCGUCCUGUGAGCACCACCCUGGUCCCGGAGCAGCUCACGAGCAGAUUUCUGCCUCGACCGCCUCCUGGGAAACCCCCUAUCCGCCCCUGUGUGGACAACAGACGGCGGCGGUUCAGGGUCCGGGCCAGCAGCACCAGUGACGCAGACUUCCUGGCUAGCCUGACCCAGCUGAUGCAGGACCGCGGCGGCAUGCUCUUCAGCCCUCCCCCCCGGCCUCGCAGCUCCUCCUCCUCCCUGCAGCGCUCACUAAGUUCUUCCCCGUCUCGCCAGGAGCUUUGCGAGGGCGGGGCAUUCCUGGGACGCAGCCGCUCUCCGACUAGCUUCUCCGGGUCCCCGCCUCCUCGGCAUCCUCACCCACAAGAAAGGUCCGGUGGGCAGGGUCAGUGGGCGUCCGGCCAGAGCCCCAGAGGGCGCUUCCUCAGCCAUGAGGGCAAAGGGUCUGGAAAAGUGAGCCGAUGACUGUAUUGAUGCAAACAACUGAACCUGGUGGUGUCUGAUCUCGACCCUGAAAGCAUGUGUAAAUAUGGUAUUUACUCAAGGGAAUGUACUGUAUGUAAUGUAAAAUGUAUGAUAAAUUGUAUUUAUUUAUUUAUGCGUUUGUUGGAUGUGUCUCUCGAAGUACUUGACAAUGUGGCUUGAUACUUGCAGUUGAAACGAAAAGGUUUGGAAGCCUUGAGAUUGCCAACUCUUACCUCCCAUCUCACUCCUCUCUUAACACUCCAUUAUAGGCCUAUUAUGAGACCAAAAAGAUAUGUACUGUUUAAUACUUGAGGGAUGUAAAAAAGGUGAUAAAUGUAGAUAUGUACUAUUAGGAAAAUAGUAUAUGCUGAAAACAACCAUGUACUCACACUAUAAAUAGUAAGUCGCACUACAAGUAGUAUACCAUCAUCAGCAUUAGUAUGCAGGACCAGGGCAUGCAGUCCCACAUUGACCUCAUUCCUAUAAAACUGCUAGAUUAAAUAUAGUAUGUAACAAUGAAUUAAACAUUUCGGCAUAUCACAGUGUAUUAGUAUGCUUUUCUUUGCUAGCAAAGACUUAUGUCAUGCAAAAACGUCAGGAUGUUGGAAUGUAAAUGCACUCAUACUUAAGUAUUGUAAUAGUGCAUGAAUAUCAUUGCAAACUACUUAUGUUUGUUUCUGUUUGUUUGUUUGUUUUUUUAAGUCAUUUGUACAGUCAGCUAAAACAAAAAUGUAUUUUUAUUGAACUGGUUCAGAUCAAAAUACAUUAUCAUGUAGACCAGCAAAGAUGUCCAUUUUUGUUUCAUAAAACUGCUGAAAAGGAAAGAGCCGAUAAAACAAAAACCUGAAUUAUU